UCUUUUUCCUUCGAUGUUUUUGUACUGCAGGUGAUACAUCAGUAAUGGCUGCAGUUUAUGGGCCUGGGGAUAUCAAACCAAAUAAGGCUCUCAUGGACAAGGCAACAGUAACAGUUACAUACAAACCAAAAGUAGGAAUGGCAGGUGUAAGAGAGAAAGCCUUGGAGAGGAUGAUCAGGAAUACCUGUGAGACGGUCCUCUUGACCACACUCUUCCCACGUUCUUCUGUUGAUAUCAUCAUCCAGGAGAUCCAAGAUGCAGGGGCUCUGUUAGCAUGUUGUAUCAACGCAGCUUGCUUGGCCAUGAUCAACGCAGGCAUCCCCAUGAAAUGUACUGUCGCAGCUUCCUGUUGCAUGAUGGGUAAAGAUGAGGACCUUGUGGUUGAUCCAACCAAGGAACAGGCAAAGGAUGCUGAUUGCAUAUUAACAGCGGCCAUUGACAGUUCAUCACAUAACCUCAUCACAUCUAGCAUGCAAGGCAGCUGCACUGUGGAACAAUAUCACAAGCUGAUGUCAGUGAGCCAGAAAGCAUGUGACAAGGUAUUCGAUUUCUACCGAGAAGCGAUGACAAGGACAUUAUCCAAACCUUGAUGAAUGCACAGGAUAACUGAAAUAGUUCAUUGCCAGUCCUAAGACAUUUUCUGACAAGAAUCAAGGAUUUGUGAAUCUACAAGAUUUGGAUAAGAAAGCUUUUAUGUGAUCAGUUUCUGCAUCCGGAAAACUUUUCCAACCUAGUUUGUAUCAUGUAUCUUGACUUUGCUAGAGAGCAUGAUUGUGCCAAGACAAAGAUCGGUAAUAUCCAGAUUUUUUUUAAUUUUAUUGGAUUAAUCAAGACGGAUUCAUUGGAGAGCAUUGUCAGAGAUUCAUCAAGGCUGUUCUCGAGGUCAAAAUUUUCUCACCGUCUUGUCCAUCUUUAUCACAGCAUUUCUCAAAAUAGUUUUGGGAAUCAUUUUUAUGCAAAAGUGCGUUUUUAAAUCACAGUCUAAGUCUGAGCAGUUCCUCAGGUUAAGAUUAAGUCCACAAUAAGUCAUCAGGCAAGUAUCUCUGUCAUAGGUAUGUUUCUUUUUUAAUAAAGCUAGAUAUUAUGGUUAUGGAA